AUGGACAGACAAGCUCGAGGCGUUGCAUCUGACGCCAAGACUAAAAAUUAUCGGGAUGUCCCUUCCAAGCGCGUAGUGGAUGGAUGUGGUCAGGAAGUACGUGAUUUGGACGGAAGCGCGAUGAGGGAGAGUUCAAGUCCACCUUGGUCUGGUGAGGAUUACGAGCGUGAGUUUGAACGUUGGAUGGCUGUGCAGAAACUUUCGCUGGCUGCAAUGCGCGACAACCCUACACGCGAGCGGGAAUAUAGGCGACAAUUCGCACAGUCAAGAAGUAAAGGGAUACUUACUUCAUCUUCACAUCAAGUAAAAUCUCGUUACUACCUGUCUCGUUCUCGGUCCCGCUCCAGGUCUCGGUCGCGAUCGCCUUCUUUUACACGACAUAAAAAUAUAGCUUACUCACCGCGGUCGACUCUACACCAAAAAGGAGUGAAAGACCAUGAAUGCGAUCAAGAAGUUUCACUGACAAGAGCGAAACAGGUUUUGGACCGACCUCUUUUCGACAUGGCCCGAAAUCGCUCAAAACCAGUCGAAAGAUCCAGGCUUCAUGACGAAUCGCAAUCGAAACAUUCCCGUCUGGAAAGCCAUCGGCCGCCGCCGCUGCGUGAGAUCUUACAUCGCUCAAAUAUCGACAUUCAGGCUCGGUCGCCAUCGAGAUCGCCUCAUUUUAUCACGAGCAAAGCAACUACAUCGCCGCAACAUAGUGAGGGGUCUGUGCUGUCGUUAAUGCGUAGAUCCGUGUCACCUCACGGUCGCAGUCCGUCUCUAGAAAGUCAAAGAGAAGUGUUGCUGGCACGACGAGUGAUAUCAGUUGAAGCAUUUCGAAGCGAGAUAUUUAAACUACGUAAUGGAUUGAUUUGUGAAGAUGAUCUAAAACGUCCACGUGAGGCAAAAGUGCGAAUUCCCAUAACAUUGUUGCGCCGUGAAACUAUACAGCAGUAUACGUUGAAGUUUAAAUGGUGGCUUAAAUCGCGCAAUAUUUCGUUAGCAUCACUACGUGAUGAUCCAGCAAAAGAACGCUCAAUGUGGUACGCGUUUGCGAUUAUGAGGACGGAAUCGUCUGAUGCAGUCGAAUCAGCUCGUUUCAUUGCCUCAGCGCCAGGUCGCUCUCCUUCUCGAUCGAGGUCGCCAUUACGAAACAAUCGUCGAGAUCCAGAGAGAGGCCGUCCACCAGUGCCGUAUGGAGAGAGCAAGGCAUUACAGGAACAUUUUCAGUCCCAAAGAGAAUCCUUUGAGCCUUCUGAACAACCACGGCAAAUGAAUUCGUUGCGUGUGGAUAUCCCGCGAUAUGACAGUGAGCGCUUGCUGCAGAAUCAGCCUCGGUGGAUAUUGCUUGAAAGGCGAGUUUAUACGCUAGAGCAAUAUAGAAAGGCUCUACAAAGCAAGGCGAGGAACGACCGAUCGGCUGAUAAGGAGUGCUCUCGAGUGGAUCCUAUUCCAGUUCCAUUGUUUCCUGGUGAAACAAUGGGGCUGUAUGAUCUUCGAUUCUGGCUCUGGUUGCGAAAUUUCAACGAAAAUAAGGCGUCAAUAAAGAGCGAUCCAAUGAAGGAAAGGAGAUUUCGGAUUGAGUUCGCUACACGUAGAGUGAAGAAGUCAGGAGAUUCGACAGCGGCAAAGGAAGGUGAUGAUUUUUCCUCACCGUUAAAUGCAGAAUGUCAGGCUGACCAUAAUCAGGAUUAUAUGAAGCCCUCUCGUAUUCGUCUCGCUUCGAAUCUGGAUAGAUCUUCAGAUGACAACAUUUGGCACGAUUCAGUGAGUAACGCAGAACCAAGCAACAAACGUAUACGGACAGAAACAGAGAAAAGUUUGCACAAAUACGAGAUGCCGGUAUCUCCUGCAACUCGUUUAUCUUCUGAUCUGGAGCCCAACCGAAAUUUUAGAGCUUCACAUCAGAUCUUGUCCCAAGCGAUAUCGAAUGAAAAAAAAUCGAGUGAGUAUCUAACUCAGACUGCAGCUUCAAUUGCCAUCUCCACCUCAACGUCUCCAACAACUACUGGAGUUCCUGAAUGCGUGGAUACGGCAGCAGUAGUUCCUUCGGUCCAACUAGCUACAUCGUCUCCCGCAAGACCUUCCAAUCACUCUGCAUCGUUGCUUGUGCACUCAACUAACUCAGUCACGAUACUAUCCCAGAAUAAGUCAAAAUCAAAACUUCCCGAAUCAGCGGUUCUUGCACUGUCAUCUUCAGUUUUGACUGAUGCACACUCGACUGCAUCGUUAACAUCUGAAGACAUGCGCAAUCGGUCUUGUUUUCCACAUGAUACGAGUGACGAAGCAUCACACUUGCCACAUGAAACGCCGUUUGCACCAAAAUUUGUUUUGCACCAACCAGCAAACGUGAUAUCGUUCGCAGAAUCAGCGAAACUAACAGCACUGGAAGCACCAGCAAAUGAGGUCUCGAAAAUCAUCGCGGUGGAUGCACCGAUUCACACAUGCACAAACCCGACCGCUGGCCUGCAAGCAUCUCGAAGCUCCGACCAUCACGCUGAUGUUGCUACACGUACAAAGGCUCAUCCGGGGGUCAAUGUCAUAGAAAAUGACUUUACUAAAGCUGCAAUUGAUGAUACUGCAGUUGUCGCAUCGUCAGCGAGUUUCAAGCGGACAGGUGCGAAGUCGAAUAUGGUCGAACAGCUUGAUGAGCACGAUGGCGAUUUAACAAACCCUGAAGGCUGUUGUUGCAAUAAAUGCAUGCAAAUUUGGGCAAAAACGCUUUCAGAUCGAAUGAAUCUACUGGAACAAAAUGUGAGACAUCUUCAGCAUGAAAUCUGCGGUUGA